CGAUGUCCCCACAAUUUAAGCACUGCGCAUUGAAACCAGUAGAGAGCGCUGUGCUGGGACUGCACUGCCAAACACAUCGAUAGUUAUAAGGUAUCUAGAUUGCCCCAUAUCAGUGUCACUCCAUCGCAAUCCAAACCAAACAGCAUCUAAGAGCUCAAAAGCUUCUCUACAACAUCGUCACCACUCUGAAUCCGACCCUUACAUCUUAGGCAACCGCCACCAUGACUAUCCCACCUCCCAACCCAAGCAACUGUACCGCUAUCGGUGAAGUAGUUAACUGGAAGGGGGUUGACGUGGAGUGUACGAUUGAGGGUACUCUCUACGGCUAUGCUCCAUCGCUCGGCGCAAACGCAUUCUUCGCCGCCUUUUUCGGGCUUUGUUUGAUCGUCCAACUCGUCCAGGGUAUCCGAUACAAGACAUGGACGUACAUGAUCGCACUUUGUCUUGGAUGCAUCGGUGAGGGUGUCGGCUACGCCGGCAGAGUCAUCAUGUACAACGACCCAUUUGCUGAUGCCGGCUUCAUGAGCCAGAUCUGCUGCCUGAUCAUUAGUCCCGCUUUCAUCGCGGCCGGUAUCUACAUCACGCUCAAGCACGUCGUCAUCAACUUCGGAGAGUCUUGGUCAAGGCUGCGCCCAGCGUGGUACACAUACAUCUUCAUCUGCGGCGACCUGAUCUCGCUUGUGCUUCAGGGAGCAGGAGGUGGUCUCGCCUCAGCCGGUGACCCAGGUUCCUCCACACAGGAUCUCGGUACCAACCUCAUGAUUGCGGGUGUCAUCUUCCAGGUUGUCGUGCUCAUUUUCUUCGGGUACUUCCUUGCUGAGUAUGCUAUCCGCACGCACCGCCGCCGCGACCAGCUCUCGUUUGAGUCGAUGCAGUUGUUCAACUCGAGGGCGUUCCGCUGCUUCAUGUUCGCUAUUGCUACUGCAUACCUGGUCAUUCUCAUUCGAUGCGUCUACCGUAUCCCUGAGCUUUCCGGCGGCUGGAGGAGUGAGCUGAUGCGCAACGAGAUUGAGUUCAUCAUCCUGGAAGGUGCGAUGAUCGUCAUCGCUGUCGGAGUGCUCACCGUCUUCCACCCUGGAUACUGCUUCCCUGCGCUCGGCAACACCAUUGGCAAGAACAAGAAGGCAGCUCGUGGCAAGAGCAUGGACGAUGGCUCGGACAUGGAGAUGGUUGCUGGCCGUUGAGCUAUCUGGGAUAGUACAUCUAGAGAUUCACUUUGUAUUUGGGCGUUGUUUGUAAAGUAGUGCGUGGAUGAUAGAUAUAUCGGUUCACACCGUAGAUUUGAUAUUUGAUGGUUUGAAACUAGCUGCAUUUUGGCUGAACGCUUGAAG